AGAACCAAAACAAAACUGAAUCAAACAUGCUUUGGUUGUCUGAUAUUCUGAAUAUUUUUAACUUCAAUUUAUAGUGUUUAAUUUAUUUACUAUGUUGAGCGCGUACUUGCUGAAUCAACAAAAAAUAGUUUUAAUUAAGGAUCAUUUCGGAAUAGAGAACACAUCCUGUAAAAUCGUAAACGGAUGGCUGCACGAACAGAAAGGUAGCAGUGCAGUUCUGAAUAUGAUAGAAUCCCUUAACGAAAACGGUGCAUUUCUGUAUGUUCGUAUCUCCAAGCUGGCCCGAACUCACGACCCACCGGAGUUGUUUCGAUUUGUGAACGCUUGCAAGCGAAACAAUUCCGUAAAGUAUCUGUUUCUGUGGGCUACCGAAAAGAACAUUCGGCCGGGAUUUUUGGUGCCAUACUUGGAGCACAUGGCCGGAUUGAUACUGACCAUUGUGGACGACAAACAUCUUUCAAUAUUGACGAAAAAACAGGGAGGUUCAGUGAGUAACAAAUUCUACCAGUAUCAGAUUUUGGGCGGUAGUUUUUCCGUAAAAGAAUCUAAAAAGCCCGAUCGAACUAAAACCAUUGAUGGCGACCAACCGGCCAGUAUCGAUCCGGCAUCGCUGGGUACAUUCAAAAUUGGCGAUCUGAAGAAGGAAGAACAGGAAGCAAAAGAUUCGCUUAUGUUGCCGUUCGAAUUCUACAAAACAACAUCGGAAGGAGGCAAGGUUCUGUAUCAUCCCGAUGCCGGCGAUGACCUGGACGAGGAAGAUCCCGACGAUGAUUUGUUGAUAUGAAACAAAGUUUUUUUUUAUUGAAAAUA